AUGAAGGUCGGCCGUUACAUCCCUAGCGACGCUGAACGUGAACUCCAAGAGGAGAAUAAGGACCUCCGCAAGCAAGUGGAGCAGCUCAAAGUAGAGCGCGACGAGCAUAGAGAUCUCUACUUGGAACACCUCGGUCGCUCCACGGAGUAUACACUUUCAUCAAAACAUCCCGCGCACAUCGAGUCGAAGAAUUACUUGCGACCGACCAAGUUAUCCGAGAGCCGUCGAGUCGAUAAGCAAAUAGCACCAAGCACAGCAACAAAAAAGUCGCUGGCUCGUCGAGUCAAAGAUGAGUUUGAGACAUGGUGCAUGAAUAAGGACGAUACAAACGUCAUCGACGGGAAGAACCUCUCAGACUCCUUGAGUGACCUCGAAGAAACCUUGCCUGAAUCAUAUACAGAAGAAGCGGAUCUAGGAAGCGUUUGCAUCCACUUCAACAUCCCAUGUGCCGGAAACAAGCUGGAUCCCAGCAACGAUCUCUGCGAUAGAACGAAGCUCGCUGCUUCAGAGUUGUACGACACUCCACACGGCCGGGCUUACGUACGAUUCGACAAAGUACUCAAGCUACUGCAUGCAGCACAUCGACUCGCUCGAGAUAGUACUUGGCAUGCCUUUCAUACUUACUGGCCGGAAUUCCAAAGGAAGCACUUUCGAUACGGUCCUUGGCAAGUUCGCUUCGGGUCGAGAGAAAUGGCCGACAAACUCAACGGAGAUUUUGGGAUUUUCGCUCGCAAUCGCCUGCCGAACGUCUACAACAACGUCUGCGACAUGCCUCCCGAUGUGGUAAACAGGGCGAUCUUGAGCAUGGUGGGUAUGAGGAACUUGCUUGCCCAUCCGUUCCAAGUCUCUCUAGAGGAAGCCGAUAGCUUCCUCCAAACAGCCCAAGAAUUGACUUGCGUGCUUCACGAUGAGCACCGCGCAAAGCAAAUCCGCCGCCUACGCGAUGACCUUCAAGAACUCGUCAACAAAGCUCUAAAGGAGAUCGUCGACUAUGAGCCACUCUCACACUUGCCAGGCGCGAGGCACUGGGCACUACAUCACCAGUUUCUCUUCGAGGAAGUCAUUACGUACAUUCGAGCGCACAAUCAGAGUGCUGACGGCCGCACCCCGCCAGAAAAGUAUUAUCACCCAGCUGUCGUCGGCGCAGCAAUCACUUGGAUCUCACGCUUUCAGACUUCAGGAGCAAAUCUUCGCCACUCCGUUGCAAUGCCUUUGGCUUUUGGUUUGCCGCCUGAACCGCCGCUGGGUCCGGGGCAGGCAAGCGAGGAGGUCAUUAAGGGUGUCCAGGGAAUUGGCAAGGAUGAAAAGCGCGAAGCAGAAAGAGAGGCUGAGUGUCACACCGUGCAAUGA